GUCGCAGAAAGAGGCAGACCACUACAGGGCCAGGGCAGCUGUUGGCAGGGACCACCAAAGGAGGAGAAGAGCAGCUACCCCAUGCUGGAUCCAGGGAUCCACGGCACACCUGCUGCCUUUUCGGAUUGGUGAAAUUAAACUACACGUCAGUAAUGCAGGAGGAGCAACAGCCCGAGGCUGCUGCAGAUCCAAUGUCCUCCUCCGAUGCACUGGAAGAUGACCAAAAGGAAACUUCAGACGCAUCACCGAAUAUUUCUGAUGCAGAUGCAUUUAAAAUUCUCCUGGAGAUGAAGAUGAAGAAGAGACAGAAAAAGCCCAAUCUACCAAGCACUGUGACUGAACUCGUCACUGAGGAAGGGUCUAAGGUGUUCGUGGUUGGUACUGCCCACUUCAGUGACAGCAGCAAAAGAGAUGUAGCGAAGACAAUACAGGAGGUACAGCCUGAUGUGGUUGUGGUUGAGCUUUGCCAAUACAGAGUUUCUAUGUUAAAGAUGGAUGAAAAUACAUUACUAAAGGAAGCCAAAGAAAUCAAUCUGGAGAAACUUCAGCAAGCUAUAAAACAGAAUGGAGUCAUGUCAGGACUAAUGCAAAUGCUUCUGCUGAAGGUCUCUGCUCACAUCACAGAACAGCUGGGAAUGGCCCCAGGAGGGGAAUUCAGGGAGGCUUUCAAAGAGGCUGGUAAAGUACCUUUCUGUAAAUUUCAUCUUGGGGACAGACCCAUCCCUGUUACGUUUAAGAGAGCCAUCGCUGCACUUUCUUUCUGGCAAAAAGUCAAGCUUGCUUGGGGCCUCUGCUUCUUAUCUGACCCAAUCAGUAAAGAUGACGUGGAGAAGUGUAAACAGAAGGAUUUACUGGAGCAGAUGAUGGCUGAAAUGAUUGGAGAAUUUCCUGAUCUCCAUCGAACAAUUGUAUCGGAGCGAGAUAUUUACUUGACCUACAUGUUGAAGCAAGCAGCUAAGCGAAUAGAACUACCUCGUGCUUCAGAAACUGAACCCAGAAAAUGUAUCCCGUCUGUUGUAGUUGGAGUGGUUGGGAUGGGUCAUGUUCCUGGAAUAGAAAAGAACUGGAACACUGACUUAAACAUCCAGGAAAUUAUGAGUGUGCCUCCACCGUCAACUUCGAGUAAGGUUCUCAGAUUUGUCAUAAAGGCAACAGUUUUCGGACUGAUGGGAUACGGCUGCUACCGGGUAGGACAAAGGACAGUUCAAUUUAUUCUCUCGAUGCCAACAACACAGAACUGUCUUCAGAGGCUGACGGAAAUUAGACCUCGACAUUGAAGGCCCAGUUGAAAUACUGUCUGGAGAUAAUUGCAGAAAAGAGUUCUAAAGACAACACAUGCUAAUUGGGAUGAAAAAGAGGGACUGAGGAUUCUUGUCAUAGGUUCCAUUUGAUGCUGAGCAGUGCUGAAUUGCUGUGAAGUAAAUGGGUUGCUAUUAAAAGCUACACCAGCUGUGACCUAAUGAAUAAGUCUGCUUCCCGAUAAGUGUGUGGUAUGAAAGUACAUGAUUCCAGUUUGAGGUAAAUGAAAUAUGUUACACAUAUAUAUUAUAUAUCAUAUUAUAUAUUAUGUGUAUAUAUAAUAUAUAUUUAUGAUGAUGUAGUACAGACAGCAUAAAGAGUGUAUAUUCUUGACUUUUUUCAGAGGAACAGAGCAACAUAAGGUAACUUAAUUAUGUUUCCGCUCAACAGCGCAAGGACACCUCUGAGUAGUGGUUCGGUAUAAUAAUACCAAAGGAUCAGUCCUGGUGCUAAGCACCUAUAAAAUGAUUUAGAAGGACAUCUUCUUACAGAAAAUUUUGUAUACAUUUAGGUUUUUUUUAAACUUCAGAGCUUUCAAAAAAAAAUAUCAGAAUGGUACAGGCUGUCAGACGUACACCGCCAAGUUUCUUUGAGCCUUAUUAAAGAACUGAAACGUUGCCUUUAGAAUUACAUCUCACCUUAGAGACAUCAGUAAUCGUUUUCUCCUCUGUUGGAUAGGUACGUACCUUUAUCAGCAGGUGUUGGUUAACUUCCAGUGUUUACAGGGCACUCUGUUCCUUUUGGAUUCAAUUAUUUAACCAUAUUAGUUAGCCAAAUCCUGUUGGCUUUAAGUUCAGUAUUGUAAACUUUUGAGGCUAGAACUACUGUCUAAUUUACUUUUCAUGUCGCAAAGCUUUCUUUAUUUGGACAAUAUGUCUGGGGUUGAUAUGUAGUACUUGACUUUACUUUUCUCCCCCCAUACAUGCAAUGUUUUGUUUAUCAGUAUAAUUUUUCAGUGGAUGAGUAUUUUAUCUAUUUAAUAGAAAGAAAAGCAAAAAUCAAUUAAUGUUUUUAACUAGCUAUGGGGUUUGGAGUUUUUUUUUCUUUGCUGUUUAUAGAAUUAUGGGUAUAACUUCCACUACUGUAAGUGUACAUCUACUUCUAAUCCUAUGUUCAUUAUGUUUUAUAGUUCUUUCUGUAUACAUUAGACAGGAUUGCCCUUAAUUAUAAGUGCCCUUGGAAACAAACUAUUCCCUCCCCAAUGGUAUAGCAAUCAUAAUUGUCAUAUCGAUAAUGUUUUAAUCUCUUUAUUUUGUGUGAAAGAGGUCCAUGUGCUACUGGAGCUCGUAUGCAAUUGCAAAUUGGUUGAAGUGAAGUCCAUAUCCGUUCUUAGGGCCGGCAAAGGAAGCAGGUGCUUGGGGCGGCCAAUGGAAAGGGGCGGCACGUCCAGGUCUUUGGCGGCAAUUCGGCGGCGGGUCCCUCACUCCCUCUCGGAGGGAAGGACUUGCCACCGAAGAAUGAAGCGGCACGGUAGAGCUGCUGCCAAAGUGCUGUCAAUUGCGGCUUUAUCUUUUUUUUUUUUUUUUUUUUUUUUUUUUUUUCCCCUCCCCCCGCUGUCUGGGGAGGCAAAAAAGCAGGAGCAGGCCCUGUCUGUUCUGAUACCUUUACGUGGGGAGGAGGAGCUGAAUCUAAGGGAUGGCAGCAAGGAGAGGUUGAUUUUGGUUUUCAUACAGUUCAAUAAGGUUAACAAACUGUGCUUGGUUAUUAGUAGGAUAUGUUUUCAAAGUCUUGGGUGGGGGAAAUGUCUUCACACAAUCUAUUAUUUGCCCAAGAUUUUUGUGUGCGUAUCCUUCAUGCAGUGUCUUUUUAAAAGCUUUUUCUCUUUAACCCUAAAGAAAUGAAUGGCCUAAUCCUGUUUGCAUUUAUGCCACUGACAUCACUGGCGAGCUGGUAUGUCUAUUGGCCUGGUACUCCAGUGCCUUGCACCUUGUGUACUUAUUUAGAUCCCAAUCCAGGAAACCACUUAUGGAGAUGCUUAAUUUAAAGGAUGUGUUUAAAUCUAUCCUGAUUAAAACACUUUACUUAUUUAAGUGCUUUUCUGAAUUGGGGCGUACACCUGUGCAAGGGAGUGUAAAAUACUGCCUACUCAGAAUGGCUGUAUUUCAUACUCACUUUUCACAGAUGUAAGUGACAAUGCAGGACACAGCGGAAUUGGGUCCCUCGUCUUCAGUUUUCUAUUUAUUAAUGUUUGAAACAAGCAGUGAUCUGCAUUGAGCUUGAAGGCAGAAUUAGCAAAUAACUGACUAGAGUGACCACCUGAAUUCUGAGUCUUGAUUUUUUGUAAUAAUUUAAUAAACUGUUUAGCAGUCAUGUUUGAAUAAUUUUAUUACAUUUUUAUGUACAUUUUUAUGUACAUUUUUAAAGACAAAGCUUAAGCCCAUUCUUCUCCUGGCGUUCGUGACCUACCAAAAGAUUGGGAGUUCUUUCCCCUCCUGAGAUUUCUCUAGGAGGUUUAGUUCAAUGUAUUAAUGUUUUGCUUUAAAAUAUCUGUGAACAUAUCUGUGCUCAGGUAAUUUUACACAAAAGAAGAAAAAAACGAAGGAAAAUCGCAGACAAAUGAGCCUUAAAUUUGGGUGGGGCUAGCACUAAAUGAUUGUCUUGGAGCAUUUUCACAUGUUUAGUGUGUAAUUUUUUUCCACAUGCGCACAAUUACCCGCACCCCUGGAAAAUGGUUACAAUGUCAGUUACUCUUUGAUUUGUAUGACAAUUUGAUUAUUACCAAAAUGUAUUGUUUUUAAAAGUGUAUUGUUUCCCCCUCUUUGACUCUUAAAAUAUAUAAACAGAUUCUUAAAACAAGCUGUUUGUUGAUGAAGAAUUUGUUCUCAAACUGGCAGAUCAUCAAAACCCCCAAGUAUUUAUCCUGGGGCAAUCAAAUGCCUGAUGAAUUUGCAGACCUAACAGUCCUAUGAAUCCACAUAUAAGUGGUAUAUGUUGUAUACUUGAUGUGCUAUACUAUCUGUGUAACAUGCUCAAUGUUUUACCCUCCAUUAAUUUCCUUCUGUGUUCUAGAGUCAAUCCUUUAAGUGUUAACAACAUCCAGUGAAAUUUAAACAUAUGUUGAAUUGUCCCAGCCCUCACUCAACCCUGUGAAGCCAUAUUGUACUUUUUGGUAAAAUGUGCAUUUGCUUUAUGCAUUUGUACAUCUUAUGUAAAUUUGAAGUAUUUUUAACAAGCGUGUGCCUUUUAGUCUACAACAGUUUCAAGUAAACAGCAGUAUGUUCUAUGUUAUCCAAAUAAAAUAUUUUAACCACUGUU